AUCCAAUUUGGAGAGAAGGAUGUUUUGGGGUAUUGUGUCAAAGGCCUUGCUGAAGUCCACAUAAAUGACAACACUGGCUCUUCCCCUGUCCAUUGAUGAGGUAACACUGUCAUAGAAGGCCGGUACAUUGCGGCCAGGCCAUGCUGAGAAUCCUAUGGCUGGUGCAGAGGAAAGGCAUUGUGACAUCACAGAGAGGGGCAUGACAUCAGUCUUUGUCAAGUCACGUUGGCUGCCUCACCCAGCUCAGACACGUGGGGCAGCCGCUCUGUCCUGGUGGUCAUUGCUGGAGCUCUGCUCUGGGUGACAGCCACUUGUGUGUUGAGAUUUUUCUUUGGGAGAGAACAGGAUGAAGCUGAUCCUGACUCUCUUCCUGGCCAUCGCUCUGACCAUGUCUCCACUUGCUGGACAUGGCCCUGGCUGUGCCGGCUGUCUCAGCUUGGUCAGGAAGGGGGACAAAAAGCUGGUCCUUCCCGAGGAGCAGCAUCUAGAAACGACCAAGAGCCAGCCCUCAACAUGGCCAUGCUGGUUUGGCCUAAGAGACUGUCCUGUCCAGAAGGAGGAUGGGAUCAAAAAUCAGGUGCAUCCUGAAGACCAGCGUCCAGAUGAGGCCAAGAGCCAGUCCUCUACAUGGCCAUGCUGGUUUGGCCUAUCCACUUGCCCCGUCAGGAAUGAGGACGGGAACAAAAAUCAGGUGCUUCCCGAACAGCACCAUGCAGAUGGGACCAAGAGCCAGACCUCCAGCUGGCUCUGCUGGUUGGGCCUAACAGACUGCCCUGUCAGGAAUAUGGAUGGGAACAAAGACCAGGUGGUUCCCGAAGAGCAGCAUCCCGUGGAGAGCAAGAGCCCAUCUCUCUUCCAGACCAUCGCUCUGACCAUGCGUCCAUUUGCUGGAUAUGGUCCUCGCGUUGCCAUCUAUCUCACAUGGGUCAGGUACAGGGACAGCAAUGUUGUUGUUCCAGAGGUCCCAAAGCAGCCGUCCCUGGACCCCAAGCCGAAGGCCGACAUCUUGCCUGGCAUCCUGGGCCACCUUUGGAACAACCUUGCUCAAGAAUUGGUAACGCACCUCUUCGUACGAGCCUUGAUACAGAUCUGCAUUCUCUGCCUGCCGAGGAUUGCCCACGGCCUCUGGAGAAGAGUCCGAAGUCUUUGGGGACAGGGAAGGAGACUGACGGCCUCAGCUUCCUUGGGAACACAGAUCCUGGAAGAGGAGGACAAAAAUGUUUCCAAAAUGCUCCCCCUGACUGAGGAUCUAAAGAAGCACACAAAGGAGAAGCCUCAGGUCCGCCGCAUGCAAUCAACCCGGAGCCUGCCGUUGAGGGGGAAGACGCCAAAAGGCAGAGGGGCGAGGAAGAGAUCCUCUGCAGCCUCCUCAUCCAGCUCCUCGAUCACCACCCGUUUUCUGGCAUGCAUGAGAUGAAUAAAAUCAUCAUUGCCGCA